CCCCCCCCUCGCCACCUCCUACUACGGGGAUGGGGGAGAACCGGAGCCGGGAACCCCUCCGCUGCCUUACGGUGCUCCCAGUGGUUUCGGCGGCCGCUUCCUGGGACCGUGCCCGUCUUACCGGGCACCGCCGCCUCCUGCCGCCGCCCCGGUGGAGAGUUACGCGAUGGAGGGUUACGCGGAGCUGUACGCGGGUGCCGAGGGGGUUUACUCCCCCGGGGCCGCCACGCUGUGCCCCCGUACCGGGCCGCUCUGUGCCCUGCCCGGUUACCGGGCGGCCGGUAAGGUGCAGGUGAUGCUCAACAACUACCCGCUCUGGGCCAAGUUCCACAAGCACCAGACCGAGAUGAUCAUCACCAAGCAGGGCAGGCGCAUGUUCCCGUUCCUCAGCUUCAACCUCUCGGGGCUCAACCCCGUGGCCCACUACAGUGUCUGCGUGGACGUGGUCCUGGUGGACCAGCACCACUGGCGCUACCAGGGCGGCAAGUGGGUCCAGUGCGGCAAAGCCGAGGGCAACAUGCCCGGGAACCGGCUGUACCUGCAUCCCGACUCUCCCAACACGGGGGCGCACUGGAUGCGGCAGGAGGUUUCCUUCGGGAAGCUGAAACUCACCAACAACAAGGGCGCAGCCAACAACGUCGGGCAGAUGAUCGUGCUGCAAUCGCUGCACAAGUACCAGCCCCGGCUGCACGUGACGGAGGUGAAGGAGGGGGAGGGCGAGGACACGGACCCCUCCCCACGCACUCACACCUUCGCCUUCCCUGAGACCCAGUUCAUCGCUGUCACCGCCUACCAGAACGCCGACAUCACCCAGCUGAAGAUCGACCACAACCCUUUUGCCAAAGGAUUCCGGGACAACUUCGACUCGAUGUACACGGCCUCGGAGGGCGAUCGCUUCACCCCAUCCCCCCCGGAGGGUCCUGGUUGCCAGCAGCUCCUGCCAGCCCCCCGCUUCCAGCCCUUCCUGCCCGAGCAGUACCCGCUGCCCCCCGGGCGCUUCUUCGGUGGUGACCGGGGGGGUCCGCUGCCCCCCAAAGAACCCCCGCGCUGGUUUUUCACCCCCCCACAGCCCCCCGCCGCUGGGACGCUGGAGUAUGGUGGCUAUGAAGCGGGGUACGGGGGGGGCAAGUUGGUGCCCUACGGGGUGAAGCCCUUCACCCUGCCUCCCGCCCCCCACUCCUCCCUGCCCUACUACCCCGAGGGGCCGGGGGGCUUCGGGGCGGGAGGGGGCUGGAGCUCCGGGCAAUACGGUCCUAAGGGCAACCCCGGAGCUCUGGGCUGGUACCGGGAACUCCGGGGGGAGGAGAAGGGGAAAGAGACGGAGGGCUGGGCCCCCCCCGCGGCAUCGGGGGACUCCUCGGACUCAGGGCUCUACGAGUGUAAACGGCGACGGGUGUCCCCGUACCCCUCCAGCACCGAAAACUCCCCCCCCCGGAACGGGGACCUCUACGAGAAGGACCCGGGGGUCGAUAGUGGCUACUACGGCUUCUACAGCAACUGAGCCACGCCCGGGGGGGAGGCGUGUCAGGUGUGUGUCCCCCCCCUCCCGGGCACCCCAAGGCCAUACAAGCGGUCCUCUAUGCGUGUGUCCCUCCCCCUAUUUAACGCCCAUA